AUGGCAGUAGCAGCAGCAAUGGUUUGUGCAUCAGGGGGCCCUUUGGGAUUCAGUCCAGUCCGCCUGGAAAGCAAGAAUAAAGACCACAUGAAGUCACAUGGCUUUUUCUUGCAUAUUUAUGAAAGCAACAGCUCUUGCCCGAAGGAUUUCUCUGGAAACCCUGAUAUUGAUAUCGGUGGCUAUAGUUCGGGACACGAGUCGUUAGUUUGGGGAUCCAUCCACCAAAUGGACGUGGUGGCAAGCUGCGAGCAAUGGAAUCGCCACGACACCAUUCGCGCCAUUGAAUCGUGCAGGAGCUUAACAAGAGCUCUCGGCAUCCACAGCCGCAUCCCCAGAGAUGCCACUGACGUGUUCAUCAGCAACAAGCUCGUGGACAUGUAUGGCAAAUGUGCUGGCGGGAUCGCCCAUGCCAGGGCGGUCUUUGAUUCCAUGCCCGCUAGAGAUUCCUACUCUUGGGUCUCGAUGCUCUCGGCAUAUGCCCGUUCUGGGAAUCUGGAUCUUGCCAAGUCCGUGUUUGAUUCCAUGCCAGAUCUCAACACUGUUGCUCACAACUCCAUGCUUGCUGCUUACUUACAUAGUGGAAAUCUUGAGAGUGCAAAGAAAUUCUUCGAUUCAAUGCCAAGAAAGGAUGUGGUUUCUUGGACGACUAUUCUGGCAGCACAUGCCCAAUCAGGGGAUGUUUUUCAGACGAAGAUUUUAUUUGACUCAAUGCCUUUCCACGAUCUAGUCGCUAUGAACGCAAUGCUAAGCUCAUACACACUGAAUUCCCGAAUGCAUGAGGCUGAAAUAUUUUUCUCCAAAAUGCCAGCAAAAGAUUUAAUCUCGUGGAAUGCACUUGCGACUGGGUUUGCCCAGACCCGGCAAAUUGACCGAGCUAGUCGGAUCUUUGAAUCGCUGCCUCUCUUGGACCUAGUCUCUUUUAAUUCCAUGCUGUCGUCACUUGCCCAGGGCGGAAAUUUGGAGCGCGCAGAAUUUUUUCUUGCACGAGUUCCAGAGUUGUGUUUGAUCUCCUGCAAUGCUAUGGUUGCGGCAUAUGCCCAGGUCGGGCAUCAAGAAGAAUCAAAGAAGUUUUUUGAUUCAAUGCUACAGAGGGAUCUUAUCUCGUGGAAUGCCCUUCUUGGAGCAUACACUGAAGCUGGUCAUUUAACUCAGGCUACUCGAGUUUACAGUUCAAUGCCACAGCACGACCUCAUUUCGUGGACGGCCAUGAUUGAGGCAUAUGCCCACAAUGGGCAUAUGGACAGGGCUAGGGUGCUGUACGACUCUAUGCCGCAGCGGGACAUGGUGUCGGCCACUGCCAUGGUGGCAUUGUACGGACAAGCUGGAUAUCUGAAAGAUUCUGUCGCUGUUUUUGAAAGUAUGCCCAGCCAUGACUUAUUCUCGUCAAAUGCGAUGCUCUCAGCCUAUGCCCAGAACGAGCAUAUGAAGGAGGCGAAGCUCAUCUUUGAGAAGAUUCCAUAUCCCGAUAUGGUAUCUUUUAAUUCUAUGGUUUCUGGUCUUGCACAGAAUGGCCAUCUUGAAGAGGCGAAACAGCUUUUCGAAUGUCUGGAGUUUCGGGAUUUGAUUACUUGGAAUGCUAUGCUCGCAGCAAACGCCCAACGAGGCUACUUGCCAGAAACUUUGGGUCUUUUUAAUGCAAUGCCCGAGAGAGACCUGUACACUCUCACGUCGAUGGUGGCGGCGUUUUCUCUCGAUGGACAGGUUCACAAGGCCUUUUACGUGUUCUUUGAGAUUCCACACAAGGACAUCCACUGCUGGAAUACGAUGCUAUAUGCGUACGCUCAAAACGGGCAAACAGCCCGAGCGAGAAAGUUCUUAGAGACAAUGCCCAGCCCGUGUGUGUUCUCCUGGACGAUCAUGGUGACGGCGUAUACAGGAGCCAAAAACUCAGUAGAUGCGUUUCAAACUUUUGACAUGAUGAAAAUGGUGGAGAUUCCCACCGAUGCUUGUUUCAUAUCGGUGCUUAUCGCGUGCAGCCACAAAGGCCAGGUUUACUUGGCGAUGGCCAAUUUUUCGUCCAUGAUCGUAGACUUCGGCAUGGAGCCAAGCAAACAGCACUACACCUGCAUUGUGGAUGUUCUCGCGAGGGCUGGAUACCUAAGAGAAGCGACGGAGCUCGUCACGGUGAUGCCAUUUGUUCCAGAUAAUUUCGACUGGACGUGCCUGCUCGCAGCUUGCAAGAGUUACAGCGAUGUGGAGCAAGGCAGCCGCGUUGCCAGGUUUGUGGUUGACUUGAAUCCUCCAGACAGUGGAGGGACGUUUGCGCUGCUCGCAAAUCUCUUCUCCAUUGAGAGGCAGAUCAAACUUGAUCUUCCACAACAAUGUGUUAUACCAAAAAUUGUGCAAAACCGUACAAGCAAUGCUAUCCAAAAUGGCGAUGCGACACUUGCAAACAAGCAAAAGCAAGACUGCGAAUCAGGGAUGACAUUGCCGCAGCGGAGGAGAGUAGGAAACGAAAAGAAAUAG